AUGUUUUCUAAACUAUUCGUCCUUACAUUGAUCAUAGGUAGCAUUAACGCAGUGCCUACUGAUCAAUUGUCCCAAAGCCGAAAUGCUGCAUUCGAAUUUCGAGAAAUGAUCACCAAAGUCACUGGCCGAUCAGCAUUGGAUUAUCUUGGUUACGGUUGUCAUUGUGGUCUCGGUGGUAAAGGUACACCAGUCGAUGACCUUGAUAGAUGUUGUCAAGUUCAUGAUCAAUGCUAUGCCGAUACCUCCACAUAUCUUCAAUUUUGGAAUUUAUGUUCACCACAUUUAGUUGGCUAUUCAUGGAAUGUUAGCAACGGAGCGGUGACAUGUACUGGUAAUAAAGAUACAUGUGGAUAUAAAACAUAUCACUCCGGAAACAAUGUAUCAUCGAGAAAGAGGCUACAUCAACAAUCGAAAAAACCGCAGUAUCAAUUGCUUACUACAUGUUUUCCGGUAGUUAAUAUCCUACAAGAUUCGUUGAAACUUCGUAAGAAAUCAUCCGUUCAGUUACCAACAGUACCUAAUCAAGCAGGGACAUUUAUUCAUCGUCUUCUCAACGAAUUCUUUUCAAUCACAAAUAUAAACCAAAACAAAAGUCGUCUAAAACAACGACGAAAACGUUCGAAGAAAGACGAUUGUCUUAUUUGUCGAAAAUAUCGAAAUCAUUUUUCGAGUGAUUCGUGUCAAUUACCACCGAUUCAGAACAGCAAUGCUGCCACAAGAUUCUCUCCCGAUGAAAUUGUACCUUCGAUGGAAAAGAGAAGAUCACUAACCGAUUCACAAUGUCAAAUCAUAGCAUCAGCAGUCGAACUGAUAUUCCACACAUUACUAUCCAAUUGUCGAUAG